ACUGAUCGAGAUCUCAACGGUGAGAUACGAUGGCGUCGGAGAUGAGCAAGAACGGCGUGAAGGUCUCCGACGAAGAGGUCACCUCGCACCAGCGUGACCAGAGCACGGGUGGCGCCGAAGGCGGCGACUGUGAGGAUCAGACGGCGCCGCUGGCGCGGCAAUCGUCGAUCCUCGCGCUGACGCUGGACGAGCUGCAGAACUCGCUGUGCGAGCCAGGGCGCAACUUCGGGUCCAUGAACAUGGACGAGUUCAUGAACAACAUAUGGAAUGCCGAGGAGUUCCAGGCGGCGACGGGCGCCUGCGCGGCGCCGGAGAUGGAGGUAGCCGCCGUGGCGGGUGCCGGUGGGAUGGCAGGCGCAGGAGAUGCCGGAGGAAGCGGCCUAUGCCGGCAGGGAUCGUUCGCCUUGCCGCAGCCACUGUGCCAGAAGACGGUGGAGGAGGUGUGGGCCGAGAUCAACAAGGAGGCACCGGCGCACGCCGCCCGUGCUCACCCCCAGCAAGCCUUGCCGCCGCCUCCUGUCCAGCCGCCGGUGGGAAACGGUGUUGGCGUUGCUGUCAAUGACCGGCAGGGGACGCUGGGCGAGAUGACGCUGGAGCAGUUCCUCGUCAAGGCCGGCGUGGUCCGAGGCUCCCUCGGCGGCGCCCAGGCGCCCCCUAUGCCGGUCGGCAUGGUCCACGGGCCGAUGAAUCCCAUGCAGCAGGGGCAGCAGCCUGGUCCGAUGAUGUACCAGGUGGCGCCGGUUAACGCCAUGUACCCGGGGAUGGGUGACGGCAUGGGCUUCGUCCCGAACGGGUACGCCGGGAUGGCCGUGGUGCCGCCACCGCCUCCGUCUCAGGGCGGGGUGGGCAUCGUGAGCCCCGGGUCGUCGGACGGGAGGAGCGCCAUGACGCAGGCUGACAUGAUGAACUGCAUGGGCAGCGGGGCGAUGAUGGUGGAGAACGGCGCCCGGAAACGCUGCGCACCAGAGGACAGGCCCGGCGAGAAGACCGUGGAGCGUCGCCACCGCCGCAUGAUCAAGAACCGCGAGUCGGCUGCACGAUCCCGUGCCAGGAAGCAGGCGUACACCGUGGAGCUUGAAGCUGAACUGAACCACCUCAAGGAGGAGAACGCUCGUCUGAAAGCUGAGGAGACGAAGAUUCUGUUGGCCAAGAAACAGAUGCUGCUGGAGAAGAUGAUGGAGCAGUCAAAGGAGAACGCAAAAGCCAAGAAGGGCGGCGCCCGGCCGCGCCGCUCCGGCAGCUGCAUCUGGUGAAAUGGAAACGAAGGUCGACCUGCAAUUCAGCAUCCAGAACCGUACCGGCGGGAGCAGGAGCAGGACUUCGUUCUGCCGUUAUAUUUUCCUUGUUCCCCGACAUAGCUAGUAAUGUUGCCGUAACUGUGGUGACGACAAUAGUAGCAUCUUUUCUUCUUUGUUUUUGAGCGGCGGCAGGAGUAUCUCAGUAAGAACAUGUAAACCAGGGAAGGCCCACAUUCCAGUGUUGAUCGGGGCAACCAGGUGAAUUUUUGUCGCUG